GAUUAAAAUCAAUGAUUAAACGAUUAAACGAUUAAAAUCGGUUUUGUAAGGAGCCUCAUUUUUUGGCAACACUCCGAAAAUCUCGAAACGAAUGUUGUUGGUUUUGGUCAUGCCACCAACUUAUGCAAAAUUGCCUGAAUCAAUGUCAAUACAUUCUUGAAAAGAUGCAUAGAAGUUGACAGGAGAAUCCUCCUUCUAAAAAUGUAAAAUGUAACUUUGCUGGGACAAGGCAUGAUAAAUCAUGAACAUGGCAUUGGCAAGGAAGAAGAACCAUAAUACAAAAUUGUGUAAUUGGGCCAAGGCAAGAUAAUUCACAAAAUGACCUAGAUUCCUCCUCCCAAGGUUGUGACCUUUAAUCUCUCGAACCGACCAAUCAGGCCAUCCAUAUUCAUCGGACGAUAUGAACUGAGUGCCAAGAUGGAUAUAGAAGUACCAAUCGUACCAGAUCGAGUCUUCGACACCUUAGACAGUUCAGGAAUCUUUUCUGAUUCUGACCUUGACCCAUACCAGAGUCCCACACGAACUCCGCGCACAACUUAUCGCGCUCGUAACGGACAAAUUCGAAGCCUGGUCAUUCGAACAUCAUCUGAGGAGCGACGCAUAAAUUUCCUGUUGACACGGAGCUGUCAAUUGGAAAGUGUCCGUGCGUAUCUUAACAAGGAGGAACCAGUGAGACGUAGGACUAGACAUCGGGAAUGUUAUGAUAUACGUGUCCAAAUGGGGAAUAAGAAUUCAACCGUGGAAAAGAUACGACAUAAUACGAUAGAUAAAAUACCAUCGUUAAGACAUGAUAGAGAUAAUGAAGUACGAAACUUGGAAAAAGAACUUGAGUUUGUCUCUAUUCCUGCUGCGCAAAAUCCUGUGCGGUCAUCGCAGAUGCCAAAUAUGAUGCGCCCAAUGUCGCCAGCGCUGGAGUCUGUUGUGACGACGCAAAUACCACAGUCUGGCAGGUCGUCAACUGGCGACCAACUGUUUACACAGGUUAUGCCAACUACCCAAAUUCCACAAACAUGCAGCGUAGCUAGCAUAUUGCCUUGGAGCAAUGGCAACAUAUCGUCACAGAAUGUCCCUUCCACGCAGACUCCUCAAAGAUAUGGAAAUCUGGCUCCGUUGAUGAAUGGUCGUGGCAACCCUGGCUAUGCCUCUUCACAGAUUGGUGUGUCCCAAACAACUGCAGCUAGAAGUGAAUAUGCUUCUUCUGUUAUCGGGGGAACGUCCAAAAUGGGCAGAGGUAACCAUGGUUAUGCAUCGUCACAGAUUGGAGCAUGCCAAACAGGCAGAGGUAAUCAUGGUUGUAACCCAACAAUGGGUCCAUCGUGUUCUGGUAACAUGUCCCAAGUAACUCUGAAGAGAACUGAAGAAGAUUCGUUUGUCAUGAGGCCACACUUUAGUCGAAGUCAACCGAAAAAAGCUUAUUCUGUGAUGGUGCCUCCAUCUUCAAACUUCAACCAAAAACCUUAUCUUUCUGAGGGACGUGCCCGGGUUGAUACAAAUGCAUCUUUAGGCUUGUCAGGUGAUGGUUCCUCUACGCACAGUCUCAUCGCAAAUCGAAAAUCAGAUGCUGACAUCUGUUACGACAUCUGUAACACAUUCUGGCGGCCACACCUGACCUUUAACCCCUACAAACACGGAGACGAUGUUGUGGAAUUUGGAUCUCUCUGGCCAGACCAAAACACGCUGAAGAGUUUACUUGUGGAGGCAUAUCAGGCAACCUCUUUGAGGAGAUCGGUGCUGGACAUUUGUAAACUUGUGGUGCGAUGUGGUCCUGUCCGUGUUCUCGAGACGCUUGUCAACUCCAGGAUCAUAAGUAUUGAUCAGCUCUUUGAGAAUGGCUGCAGUCUGCUGCACUUGGCGUGUCUGGCCAGGAACUAUGAAGCUGUGUCAUAUCUCAUCUCGGCGGGUGUCUCACAGAAAAUACUUGAUAAAUAUGGGAGAACAGCCAGCCAGUUGUGUUUUGAUCCAAGGCUCCGCCGUCAGCUGGCACCACAAUUCCGUGGCGGAAAAUUUGCCAAUCUGUGCCAGUCUCUAAAACCAGUGAGCAUGCACGACAAGGAGACGAUAUUCAUGUUGGCGACAUCAUCAAAGGAUUAUGAUGAACUUCAGAACAAGCUGCAGAGUCUGGCCUUUGAUGUGAACCAAGAGAUUAAUCGCCACGGUGACUAUCUCAUCCAUGUAAUAGCAAGACAGGGUUUAACUCAGCUGCCCCAGUUGUUGUCACUGGUAAAGAUAGAGGGCGCAUGCAUCGAGCAGUACAAUCAGGAGGGAAAGACACCGUUAAUGAUUGCAGCCGAGUCAGAAAAUGUUGUCAUGGUUGAUGUGAUGCUGUGCAUUCUUGGAGCCAACCUGAACGCGCCAAACCCAAAUACAGGAGAAUGUGCUCUCCAUUAUGCUGCAAAGAACAACAAUGUCAACGUUGUGAACUGCCUAAUCAGCCGAGGUGCUGAUUUCAACUUGGAAGAUUCAGAAGGGAACCGUCCUGAUGACACUGCGGCACAUUACAGUGCUGUCGAUUCCCACGACGUCAUCGUCGCACACCGGGAACAGAGGAUACAGAGUCUGAGUGGGAUCGCUCAAACGGGCUCGCUGACGUCUUCUCAGAUCCGUGUGACGGACUUGUAUCAGGCAAACGGCAACGGGGACACAUUAAUCAUGACAGCUGCUAAACAUAACAGAGCUGACAAUCUUCUUGUACUGAUUGAGAGAGAAGGCUGCCAUGUUGAUGCUCAACACGAGAAGAACGGACGGACGGCACUGGCGAUGGCAGCCAUUGUUGGUCAUGUGGAAGCAGUGUGGGAACUACUCAAAUAUGACGCCAACCCAGCUAUUUGUGACAUCAAUCAAGAUCUUCCGCUCCAUCAUGCUGUCAAAUACGACCACCUUAAAGUGGUCUCAACUAUCCUCCAGCACCAAAGUGCCUUGACCGGUUUGGCCAAAGCGCUCAAGCUGUGUACAACUGAAGGUGCACGCAGUCUCAUCAAGCAUGCUGUGCAGAGACGACAGGCGGAGCUGGUGACCCCUGGCCUCUUCGAGUGCGCCCUGCGAGGUGAUGCCGGAAAACUUUUCUGUGUUCUAGAGGAGGGUGACUUUGUCAAUCCUACGAGCGGCGUGGGUGAUUGGCCUAUUUUUCUAGCAGCUGAUAAUGGACACACAGACGUGGUGACACUUCUCCAUCAGCAUGGUGGUGAUGUCAGCCGGCGGCAUCCAUCAACGAAAAUGACGGUCCUCCAUGCGGCAUGUUUCAGAGGCCACGCAGCCAUUGUCAAGUACUUUGUUGAAAACUGCCGAUUUGCCAACAAGUCGACGAGCAAAAGCCAGCGCCCUCUAGAUGUGAAUGCGUUAAAUGCUGAGAUGAAGACAGCCCUGCAGGUUGCUGCCGAGAAAGGUUAUAGUAAAAUGGUUCGUAUGUUGCUCAACAACGGUGCCGCGUGUGCCUUCCUGGACCCAUCUGGUUGUCUGUUCUGCUGCAGGGACUUCCAGGGGGUUCAGGUCCUGAUUGAAACUAAGAGGGAGGCACAUACGCGAGACAUCAUGGCGUUAGUCCGUGAUAACCGAAAACUCCAGGAGCUUCGCGCUCUAUUCAAGGCCAAAUUUGACCACAACUUACGUGACAAACACUGCGACACUCCCCUCAUGGUAGCGUGCCGAUUCGCCUAUUUAGAGGUUGUCAAGUUUCUGUUGGAGUCGGCAAUCCAUAAUGUUGUUGAGAGUGACUAUGAUGAUGACUUAGGGGACGGUGAAUCCGAUACUGACUCUGGUACGGUCAUGGAUCUUGUAAACACAGUCAGUUUGACAAGAAUAUCGAAGGAACCUCCUCAAGAAUUAGUGUCCGUGAUAGAGAGACAGCGAAGAGCAUCCCAGUGCACCGUGGGGAUGAGUGAUAUGGAACCGGAUGUGACUUAUACCGAUUUUGCCGAAUCUGGUGACUUCUACGUGUCAAGUACCAGAAAUGUGCGAAAAGGUAAUCGAAGGCGGAGCAUCCCUUCUCCGAUGUCAGGGCCACGCCACGGGAUUGAUAAAAAGGAUGGACAGAAUUGGAUGUUAGCUUCUACAGGACACAUCGAACAACAUCCUUAUGGGGCGCAUGGUUUUUACCAGCGUUCAAGACAAGACAAUGACGUACAGACGGUUUGUGACAUGCCACUUGCAUGGCCAAAGGACCUCUCCACUUCAAAACCGACACGGCCAGUGGACCUCUCCGCUUCGAAUCUGUUCAAUUAUAAAUCAAAGCCAAGCAACAGUAUCUUUAUGACACCAAAUGUAAUAAGCCAUGUUUGUGCAGUAAAUCCAAGAGAUGGCAGGACGCCAUUACACCGUGCGCUCGAGACUGGCGACCAUGUUGGAAUUCUGUUGGUGCUAGUUGAGACAGACGACUUGUGUGUGGAUAUACAGGAUGCAGAGGGAUUGAGUCCACUUCAUUUGGCAUGCAAACUUGGGAGGAAAAAAUGUGUGGAAAAGUUAACGUCGCUGCCACAUGUUGAUCUGAACAGUCGAACACUGGACGGAAAACUUCCCGAAGAGAUGAACAACAGUCGUCACAUCAUCAACCUCAUCGUCAAAGCUCGCGAACACCAGCCUUGCCUGAGUAUUUCGUCAAUGCCAACAAUAGAGGGCAGCAUCACUGGUCAGAGCGUCAACGGUGGUGGCGCGUCGACGAUAAAUUUCGAACUUUUGAACGAGAAGUUUCAGGAUCUCAAGUCACGACAGGGCAAGUAGACAUUGACAGACAGUUGGUGGUUAUUGAGAUGCAUGCCUGUAGUGAUCUAUGCCCCCAAGACCUGGGGGUCAUUCCUUAAGAUUGGGUGUGAACACACGUUUCUAUGGAGAUUGUUAAAGUAACCUUGCAGGCAGGCACCGACAGAGUCCAGCAUCCAUCCCCCUUUCAGCUGGGUGAGAAUUGAAUUUUGGCGCAUUUGCGGAUGUUUUGAGUAUAAUCUGCCCAGCAACAGUAUGAAACUGCGAGUUUUAAAAUCGGGGCUUUCCACGCUUCUCACAAGUGCUGAUGGGCUUUUGCAGGAAAAGCUCUUGUGACUACUUGAUACAAACAGGUUUUGUGCCAAAUAUUUCUGUGUUCCAUUAUGUCUGCAUUUACAACUUACAUGUACUAUAUUGUAUAUAUUUGUAUAUAUACUGUCAAAUGAAUUAUACCAAGUAGAUGUCAUUUGAUGAUGUCCUGGUUCAAUUUAUGUGUCGAUGUGUAUAGUUAGACCUCAGCUGGUUUAAAGGGCUUUUACUGCUGCAGUUUGAUAUUGAGGCUAAUUAAGACCACUGGGAUGGUUGUUUAGAACAUGAUAUUGACUGUAUUGUCACUCGAAAAAACUUAAAAAGAUUAUGCCAUGUUAGUUUUUAAGCUCUGUACACACUGACAACUAUUCCGGUAACAUUUUCGGAAACAUCUCGGCAACACACACGGGCAACAAAAAUGUUGCCCUGUAUACACAUGACAACAAUUCGACAACAUGUUGGGCAACUUGUUAUCGGAUGUUUCUGAGAAAAUGAGGAUUUUAGAGGGAAAUUCAUAAACAAUGGAAGAUUCCAAGAGAAGAAGACGUAUUGUCGGGGGCUCUGCCAUUAUCAUUGGCCAAAGAUGAGCUGUAAUGGCCUAUUUAUGUCCUAAGAUUAUAGCCAUUUUGCCUGGGAUAUGAAUUUCUUGUUUGCUAUGGGCUUUAGGAAUGUCUGAGUAAACAUCAGAGAAUAAUAUAUGUGACCCAUCAUAGCAAAACCAGGCGCAUGUCGCUCUGGUUUUGCUGUGACCGGUCACAUAUGAUGAUGUGGUAUGAAAGGUGCUGUGUAUUUGAUGUUUAAAAUAUUCAGACAGAUCCACCAUCAUAGAUGUUGGCCUGUUUAUGUAGAUUGGCAGCGACUCACCCUACGAUCCUCCUUUGAAUCAGUUGUGGGAUGAAAACAAGACAAGUUUUGGUGCUAUUCAAUUGCAAAAUAGAUUGUGAGACAUUAUGACUGUCUUAUUUCAAAUAAAAAUAGUAAUGUGCAAUACAUGAUAAAGAUUUUUAACGUUUUAGACAAGUCUAUGUUUAUAUUUUUCCCCUAACAUGUAGAAAAGUAUGAGUGUUUCGUAACGUGUUCAUUCAUGCGUGCUGAUCAUAAAUAUCCAGGAUUUUCACUCUAUGCAUAAAGCUAUAUGAGUGUGAAAAGAUAAUGUGGGUUAAUAACUGUUAUGUGCAAUUAUUUGUUUAUACUUGUAAAUUGCUAUCAUGUGGAUAGUGUUGCAAAACAAUUUUUGCAACAAUAAGUUCUACUGGUAUGAAAAUGAGGUGUUUAUUAUUGUACAGAUACAUAUGUAUAUGUAAAUUUGAUAAAUUUAUGAGGAUAAGAAAUUAAAACUAUUUCUACUAAAA